AUGAUUGUCCGUCGACCGAAGGCUCCGGUCGAUAUCGAAAAGCAAUGUAGCGUUACUCUCGCCAGCGGUAAUCAAUGCGCCCGCAGUCUAGCUUGCACGCGCCAUGGUAUGAGUGCAAAGCGUGCUGUGCCUGGCAGAAGCGCUCCCUUCGACCAGCUGCUAGCUGAGUUCCAGCGCGAAAGUUCUUAA